AUGACAUGUACUUAUUUUCCUUACAGGAGAGAUUUUGGGCCUCACAAAGUCGUACCAGUGAAGGUCCAUCAGCCCAAUCCAUUCGUCCCAAGUGAAGAGAAUAUGGAUUUGCUCACGACAUAUAAACAAGAUUACAACUCCUACCCUGUUUGCCGAGUGGACCCCAUCAAACCUCGGGACAGUAAAUAUCCAUGUGGUGACAAGAUGGAGUGUUUGCCUACUUAUAAAGCUGAUUAUUUACCUUGGAACCAACCAAGACGAGAGCUCCUUCGUCCACAACGUAACUACCGGCCAGCAUCAACCAGGUUUGAUAGUAGAACCACACACCAGGAUGACUACCCCAUCAAGGGUCUUGUGAAAACUGUAAGCUGUAAACCACCACCCAUACCCAAGCUCUGUAACAUCCCCCUGGAGGAUCUGACUAAUUAUAAGAUGAACUACGUGGCCCACCCUCUGGAGAAACGCUUUGUGCACGAGGCAGAGAAGUUCAAACCCUGUGAAAUCCCCUUUGAGAGCCUUACCACCCACAAACAGUCCUACCGGGGCCUGAUGGGGGAGCCUGCCAAGAGCUUGAAACCUCCAGCUAGGCCUCCUGGACUGGAUACACCUUUCUCUAACACCACUGAAUUUCGAGAUAAGUACCAAGCUUGGCCUACGCCCCAGAUGUUCUCCAAAACUCCUGCCACCUAUGUCCCUCCUGAAGAGAAGAUGGAUCUUCUGACAACAGUGCAGGCCCAUUACACAUACCCCAAGGGUGCCCCAGCUCAAUCCUGCCGACCAUUGCUCCCCAUUAAGAAGAGCGGCCGCUUUGAAAGCUCCACCACCACCAAGGACGACUAUAAGCAGUGGACCAAUAUGCGUAGGGAGCCAGUCAAGCCCAUUCCCCAGCUGAACCUGCCCUCUGAGCCCUUGGACUGCUUGACCACCACUCAGGCCCAUUAUGUGCCCCACCCACCUAUUAAUACCAAAAGUUGUAAGCCCCCCUGGUCUGGCCCCCGAGGAAAUAUCCCUGUGGAGAGCCAGACCACUUAUGCCAUCAGUUUUACUCCCAAGGAAAUGGGCAGGUGCCCAGCUUCAUAUCCUGAGCCCCCUGGCUACAUUUUUGAGGAAGUGGAUGCUUCAGGGCAUAGGAUAUACAGGCCAGUGUCGCAGUCAGGCUCUCAGGAGAGCAGUUGUCUUUUUGUAGGUGAUUCAGAAAACCCCAACCAGAGGGAGUUGGCAGUGUCAGCUUGAUUUUGAAGAAUUGUUACUUAGAGAUUGCACAAUACUUUUAAAAGCAGACAAUUGAGAAUUAUUCACUGGACCAAAAAAAAAAAAAAAUUCCCAAAAUGGAAAAAAAAAAGUCUCCAUCAACAUUUUCAGGACACUCGAAUAAAAUGAGAAUCACUUGAACUCAAGGCAAAUAA